CCAUUUCCCAUCUAGGCUAGACGCGGGAGGAUAUCUAAGGACUUUUCUUAUCGGAUGCCGCUCUGUACUAAGAGCAAUAUGUAACCUGGGCGCAGCCUUAGGGUGCAACAGUACGACUACCAAAAGAGGCAAUGGUCAUCACGUGAGGUGAGACGGGCAGUCGAUCGUCUCAGCCUCACUUUCAUGAUCUUCCAUAUAUUACCACCCCUUGACAAUACCCGCCAUAAAAGUCUCAUAGACCACUGUUUUGUAGUCGGAUUCAGCAUGGCCCCUCCCGUGAAACGAAAACGGGCAAGUAAACCAAAGGUGCGAACGGGCUGUAUCACCUGCAAGAUCCGCAAAGUCAAGUGCGACGAAGGCAAGCCCGCAUGCACCCGGUGUACGAAUACUGGACGAAAAUGUGACGGGUAUGCAUUGGAGAUCGUGCCGUCGAAGAUAUCCCAGCCGCUCAAGACCGUCACGGCCUCCAAGUCCAGUAUGGAGUCACACGCGCUGGAAUUUUUUUUUCACAAGUCAUCUACCCAGCUGGCUGGGUUCUUUGAGGGCGGGUUCUGGAGAGCCACUGUCCUCCAACUCAGUCUUGUGGAACCCGCCAUUCGCCAAGCAAUCGCCGCGAUAGGCUCUCUACAUGAACACAAGGGAGGUUGCAAAUUGCUCCCCUCGUUUAAUGCCGCAAGUGGCAAUGCGGACCCGGCCGUGCAGUUGUACAACCGGGCUAUUCGCGCGACGAUCGAGAAGACAGCUUCCGACUUGAGUGCCAUUCCUGUUGUAGUGGUGGCUAGCAUUCUCUUUACGGCCUUUGAGUUUCUUCGGGGGAACGCACCUGCUGCCGCGUCGCAUAUAUCCAGCGGUAUUAAUCUCCUGUGGGCAUGGCGCGAGAAGACCGGUAGCCGGCCGAAGACUCCAUGGGGCCAAGCAUAUUCCUCGUUCCAGUCGCAUUUCGUCGAAACGGAAUUGGCCCCAAUUAUUAGCCUUUUCAACCUGAACACUUCCGAGUAUCAUCCCGGAACUCGACGAAAGGUUUUGCUUAACCCGGUUGACACCGGUAUGCUUGUUCUAGCAGACAGAUUUGAAAGCCUCCGUGAGGUCAGGGUGGCGAUGGUCGACAUGGUCACUGCCACUACGGCUGUAUUUUCACUGCUAGAUGAGAACCUUAUGGUUGGGCGGCCAGUGGGUGCUGAAAUGCUGAGCAUCACAAGGGGACUUCGGCAAACCCGCGACCGCUGGAAGGCCAACUUUGACGACCUUGUUCGACGGAAGGGGUCAACAUGGAAUAAGGAUGAACAAGACGCUGCGGAUGUCCUUCGUCUGAUGUGGUACUCGACCAUUAUGGGGAUCACCACGUACCGUGUUGGCUGUGAGUGCGCCUGGGACGACCACCGAGAGGAAUUUGAGGGGAUCCUUCGCAUCGGCGAGAACAUCGUGUCGAACCCCGACCGCUACCCCGACGAGCUAACCAAGACACUAAGCUUGGACUUUGGUCUCCUAUACCCCCUCCACGCCGUCGCUUGGAAGUGCCGCUGGCCGCGCCUCCGCCGCAAAGGUCUGGACUUGCUUCGGCGGAUGCCGAGACAAGAGUGGUGGUAUAGGGUUGACCACUACCACGCUAUCUUCUCACGAGUCAUGGAACUCGAAGAGGCAUGUCUGGAUCUGCACGACGGCGAGAUCCCCGAGGAUGCUACUGUUAUUCCUGAACAUGUUCGAGUGCAUGAUUUCUAUACUGAACCGACAUCAACGAAGGUCAACGGAUACUCUCUCUUUAAGCUGACGCUCCUGACGAAGCCCAAUGGUCUGGGAGAAGGUUGGCAUCACACAACGGAAGACUUAUGGUUGCCAACGCCCCCGCAAGGCGAAUCAGUUGCACCGUUUAAUCUAUUCUGCUGUAAAGACUGGGCGAAGUCUGAGCGGAUGAACCCUCAGACUGUACAGAUGUUGACAACUGCUAUGCUGGGGCUAGAAGAAACACGGAAAGCAAAUUUUGACAGCUUUUCUAUGGACUCGUCCCGUAUACAGCCCGGUUUGCUUCUACAGUCCUGUUUCAUAGGAUAAAGGAAGGCGAGUACGGCUCUACCCUCAGGUAUUCCCUUCCCUUCAAGCGCCCGGCCCAGUCUUCUCCAAAGCCGCGUCAUGACCUGGAUUCUGGUACUAUAACACACAAUGACUAUCGAUGACUAUCGAUGGCUAUCAAUGACUAUCCGACCCGGAGCUUCAUGCCCGCGAUCGAUCAGUCGGUGCAUGUCUCUGGAGGAGGCAGUGCGAUCCCUUAUGAGUGUUAUUUUGCCCUAUGGUUCGCUCGGCGCCACGCCCCAGGUCAAUCGGAUGAUCCUGUGGACAGACUGUGGGCGAGGGUGUGUUUCGAAAGAAAUGCACAGAAUAGUCCUUCAAGGGCUCCCUCUAUUGGCACCUUUUUAAGCAUUUCCCCUCCAUGCCUCAAUCGUACACAACAUAGAGUGGAUAUAUAGCUGAUUAAAAAUAUCGUCCCUGAUGCGAAUCAUUCAAUGAUGAUAUUGUUACUAUUUAACUCCAAAAUACCCCUAUUUGAAUAAUUCGAGGCCACUUAAAGUCUA